UAGUAUUUGUGUACAAUUGCACGUGGAUCAAUUUUAUCAAUUGAAUUUCGAUUGUGAAUGUUUAUAAUUUAAGGACGAGAUACGAUGUCAACGUUUGCGGUGCGUACUUCGUCGGUGAAAAAUAGCGAUGAAUGGAAAAAAAAGCCGAGAAAAUCGAUUUACACUUUUAAAAUUACCAUCGACAAAAGUUUUCACAAAUGAGCCCAGUGAUUCCGACGCAAAAGACGCUUUGCAGGCGUUUAAAAAUGAAUAUUCCAUUGCAAACGGUGUUGAGCAACAGCUGGCGACUGUCAAUAAGUUACUCAGCCAUUUUACAAGUGACAAUACAUGGAUUCUAGAUAAGGAAAUUUUGUGUCAGUUAUUAACUGAUUUAUACUUCAAUGCUCCAUUGAAACAUCCGCUUCGUAGUAUUUUGGCAAAGGCAUUGCACAAAGAAUCAACAAAAAAACGUGAUCUUAUCAUCGAAUCCAUGAAAUGUACCAUAAUCGAAAGUAAUUGUUUUGCUCUCGAAUCGUUGCGACAAAAUCACUUGAAUACAGAGCCAAUAAGUGUCUUUGUCGCAUCGAUGUAUGGUACCUUUGACAAUUUCGCCGUCGCAAUUGUCGCAAUCGAACAUUGUUUUCCCUUACUAUUGAAGUCAAUUCAUCAAUUCAUCGAUAUUUUUAUGAAAAUGCUGCAAAAUGCUGAUUUAUCUCCAGCCCGGCGCACUGAAGUGUUUAUCGAUUUGCACAAUACAAUUCGUAUUGUUUUAUCCGGUGUGCAACAGUUUCAAAUGCAAAACAUCGACUUCACUUUAUUGGAUCCAAUUUUAUCGCAGUGUUGGUCUGAGCUGUUGGAUGACCCAGUCUAUGCUGACGCUCCAAUUGAUACAAAAAUCAAUUGUGCCGUAUUAAAAGUCAACUAUGAUCGUCUGUUUGGCAACAUUUUCGAACCAAAACAGAAUAUUUUCAGUCAAAUUGGUUUGGAUAACAAUACAAAAAUGAAUUUUUAUGCGAUUGCCAUUGUAAAUACGAUAGUCGAAAAGGAUUUAACCGAUGCCGACUUUUAUCCAGUAUUAAAAGUAGUGCUAGAACAAUUAAUUGGGACUGGAAAAAAAUUUACAAUCGACGGAUGUUUGAUGAUGGCCUUAACACGUGCUCUUGUACUUUACACAAAAAAGUUGUUGUCAUUAAUGAGAAAAGUCAAUGUAGACACUGACACCGGCAAAACAUGUUUACGAGAAACUGUGCAGGAAUGUCUUGGAUUUGUUUGGAUAAAUAUACAUCAUUCGGUUGAUUGUGUUCGCUAUUUAUCAAAAGAUUUACUGAAAAACUUACUCAAACUGGGCCUAGAGCAGCCAAAACUAUUCGAUGGGGUGGUCAGUGAAACGAUUGAUAUUGCCAAAUCAAAUUGUACAAAUGAAACAUUGACAUGCCUCUUAUUGGACUAUCUCAGCCAAGUGUUUACCACGUCAUUUGUGUUGAGUGAAAUUCCAGAUAUUCGAGAGAAAAUUCUGAGUAAUUUAUUUAACGAUUCAUGUUGGGCCCUAUGCUAUGAACAAUUAAUGUCGAAAAAUUGCGAAAUUGAUCAUGAAAAAUGGUGUUUACGAUGGAUUCAACCAUUGUUGCGUGUCGAUGCGGUCGAAUGGAAAAAUGAUUUUGAUCGUUUGAAAAUGAUUCGCAAUUUAUUUGAACGUGCAUUGAAAACGAAACCAGAAGCAGCCGAAUUUAUUCUUGACGAUGCAAAUAUUUCGAUUGAAAUUUAUUUAUUUGUACUUUGGAUAAUGAGACGAAGUGGUCGAAAAAUUUACGCGCCCGAUAACUAUCGAGUAUCGGCCGAUACAAAAGUGAUUUACGCAAAAGUCCAUCCAUUGGAUGAAAUUCGAAUUUUAGCGUUUCGCAUUUUAAUCGAAUGCCAUAAAACAUCGUCUCAGUUUCCAGUUGAAGAUUUGAAUGAAAUUUUGGAAUUUUUCCGAUACAAUUGUAACGGCCAAAAUCCAUCGAUGCGUCAACAGAUUAGCACAACCAUGAAACGGGCAAUGGUUCGUCUUGAAUGCGGUUAUGCAACAGCGAAACGAACACCAUCUGAGGACAGUGAAAAACUAUGCAGUACUUACCAGACAUUUUUACAUGAUUUAACCAAAUUUUGCAUAGAUUGGUGUUUAUUUGAUGGCAGCAACUUUGGACGACGUUCUACAGGCCUGAAUACACUCCUAUGCGCCGUCCAAACGUGGCAAAAAAUUCUACCCGAAAAUGAGUGCAUUUACACAGAAAAACUUUGGAUUCGACUACAAAAAAGCUUGGCCGAUUCAUAUGAGGUCAAUAAAGAAAUUGCAAGCAAUAUUUUAAUGCUUUGUUGGAAAUUCUAUCCAGAUAAAACCAAAAUAAUUUACAGUUUGGAUGAUUUAAGAAAGUUCAUGAUCACUUUUAGACCCUUCGAUACCAUGACUGCGGCUCAGUACAUUGUCUUUUGUUCAUUCAGUGACACUUAUUUCAAAAACUAUUAUGAUGCGGUUAUUUGGUGUGAAACAAUUUUGGAUGAUGGUUUGGCUGUGGUGAAACGAUCACUUUUACAACUUGCCAGAUACAAUGCAUUGUAUGGAAUUAUAUUAAGCAUUCGAUCACUUUUGAAACGAAUUGACUUUUCUACCAUCACUGAUCCGACUGAAAUUAGAAAUUGGCGUUCGUUCUUCGAACGAAUUAUACCGAAAUGUAAAGAAAUCACGGAAAUUGCAGCCCCCGUUGUCAAUAGUAGUGCGCCUGAAGGCCACCUGCCAAACGAUUUAAAUGAUGUAUCACAUUACUUAUCGACGCCAAAUGACGAACCUCCUGCUGGUACUUCUCAGAUUAAAGUUACAUCCCAAAUAAUUUUAAUUUGCGCAUGGCGCGCGGUUCGAGAAGCAGCUCUUUUGCUCGGAGAAAUUGCUUUGCGUAUUCCAGUUCUGUCGGAAAGAAAUCCAAAUGGAUUCGUUUCAAUUGACUUUUUAAUCAAAAUCGGUGAUCAUUUCCAAAAACUUUUAGUUGAAACAAAACAUCGAGGCGCAUUCGAACAAUCAUUUUUGGGUUUUUCGAAUUUGUGCUUGCGAUUAUGGAGGUCACAUGAGCCACAACUUCAUUCGUAUCCGAUGAAAUUGGUGAAGAAAAUUGCAAAUAUUGUUUCGGGUGACGAAAUAGAUGCAGAAUUAGAUGUGAAUAAACUAUGCAUAACGCGAAGAAGCGCUGGCGUACCCUUUAUGGUACAAGGCAUCGUUAUGACAGAAUCACAGGUCUGUUCAUCGACAACUCUUACCUUUUGCAUGAAAACAUUUUUGAAUAUUGCAAAAACCGGAUCCAUUCCCGAAUCACGUACACACUCAUUGAACAUUUUAAGGGCAUUGUUCAGAUGUGCCGAAUUGGGUGAAGCAGUGAGUGAAUACAUAUCGGAUGGCAUUGAGUGUUCGAUACGUGGAUAUAGUGCUGCGUCAUGGCCAGAACGAAAUUCGUCUACUUUGCUCUUCUCAGCACUUAUGAUUCGUGUAUUCGGUGUUCAACGAUCAAAAAUAUCUGAAAAUAUGAGCAUUAAAAAUAAAUCCACCGGUCGCAUUUUCUUCAUCAGAUAUCCACGAUUGUAUGACUUCUUCUACGUUGAACUGAAGUGUGCCAGCGAAGCAAUUAAACGAAAUGAACGUCCGCCUCGUUUACAUCCAUUAUUGUUGCUCAUCAGUCGAUUGUAUCCAUCGUCACGUGAAGGAUCUGAUUCGAAUUUUAAAUUGUCCACAUACAUUGCGUUCAUUUCAACAUGUAGUUCAAGUCCGGAAUUGGUUACGCGACAACUAUCAGCCAAAUCAAUAGUCGCAUUAAUUCCAUCCGUGAAUGUUGCUGAACGUCUCUUCUUCAUUCUAAACGAAAUCGAUGCAAAAACAUCAGUGAAUGCAACGCAUGGAUAUUUACUUCAAGUUUUAUACUUGCUGCGUUCAACGAAGGAAGAAAAUCAUGACAUUGAUGCUCAAACUUUACAUGAGUUUAUAACAAAAUUUCUGCAGUUAAUCAUACCGGUGAAUAAUAUUAUCGGAAAAACUUACUUGGAAGUACUUUUGGAGAUUCUUUUGACUGAUCGAUUCCAUCCGAUUGAUGCAGCGCUGAUGCAUCAAUUCUUUGAAGUUCGUAAUAGAUUUGUAAAAAACUUUGCACAAAGCGAUGAAUAUGGUAGAUUGACGCAGUCUUAUGUGCAAAAAACUUUCACCAUAUUUAAUUUAUUGCUGUCAAUCGUUGCGGAAAAUGAAUCACCGGUCAUUACAUCCAAAGUAGUGAACACUAAAAAUGAAUUGGUCGAAACACAGUUGAACAUCAUGUAUUUACUCUACUGUCAGUCAGAUCAAAAAACGAUUGGAACAAUUGACUUUUCGUGCUAUGAAAUUGAGCUAGUCAAAUUUAUCAACAGAAAUCAUUCGAACAACACAAUUAUUUUGCAAUUACUUCCAUCAAUCUGUGAUUUGUACAAUAUAAUUGAUUUGAAUAGAGAAUUCUAUCCAUUCGGUGUGAUAAAAGCUUAUGAGAUUUUGAGCAUGUUAAUUACUCCAAUUGAUGCAUUUGAGAAAAAUCCAGAAUUGAAACCAUUAGCAAUUGGUGAAUUAAUCGAUAUUAUGAAUACUGCAAAUAAUGAGGAUGCGGUGGACGAUGUGUCCGAAGCACUGUGGAAAUUCACAUAUGCACACUUGAAACAUUAUCAAAUCAAUCCAUCUCAAAUAACCAUCGAACAAAUGAAGGAAAUUGUAUCACAUUUGAGAAAUUCAACACAAUCCUAUAAAUCAUCAGGUUUGAGACAGACUGCCACCGAAAUAUUCUCGUUAGUGAUCGAAUAUUUUGUAAAAUGCACCGAUUUAGAGCUUAUAAUUUCAUUCUCCGAAUUGUUAUUAUUUUUGCUGCGCGACGAUGAUUUUGCUGUUAGAAAUCGUACUUCUGAAAUUGUAAUGGAUAUGAUUGAAGGCAACGAAAAUAACCAUUCGAUUGAUAAAGUGAUUUCUUUGGCCGCCGAAGACCAUUUAUUACAAUGGCUCGAUACAAAGUUCAUAGAAUUUGCAAAGAAAGAGGCAUGGUCAAAAUGGUUAGAUUUACUUCGGUUGAUUUAUAAGCCUUUGGCUGGAAAUGCGGACGAAAACGUUGAUGGUGACAGUAACGAAGAUAAUUUAAUCGAUGUUGAUAUUUUCGAUGAUACAGAGGCGAAUACAUUUGAUGAAACGAUUUAUACGAGUUAUAAAUGCUACAAUUUUGUUGUUAAACACAUAAAUAAUGCACCAUUAGAUUCAGUUAAAAAACAAGAAAUUCUCACAGAAUUCGCUACUCUACAAAAUAUUUAAAUUUUCUAAAAAUAU